CUGGCACACACAGCGAGAGAAGGACGGAGGGGGAAACCCUGCCUGGGCUCCAUUCAGAGUGCAUUGCUCACCUCCUCCUUGGCUGGCAUGGAUAAUAAUGGGGGCCGCAUGCUGUGUUAACAGAGAGCAUCAGUGGAGGAUUACUGCUGGAUGGGGAGGAGAAGAGGGGCCGGAUUAAUCCCUUUAAAUCUGCCAUCCUUGGUGAAUAAGAAGGCUAUUUGCGCUUGUCCUUUUGCAGAGGAUGCUGUCACAGUUGUAGGAAAGCAGAUGAGAUCACAGCUCACAAAGAGUGGCAAAGAGUGCUUGCUUUUUUUUUUUUUUAUUCUCUCUGCUCCCCCAAGUCUGCAUUACAGCGGGAGCGCGCAGAUGUUCAGGAGCGCGCAUCAGGCACACAGCAAAGAUGGAGUCCCAGCAGCUGCAGGGAAGGCUAGAGCCGGCCAAGUCUCCGCUGUUUUAAGAGACCUCCUUACAUUGCAAAUGGCCCGGGUCCAUGGCAUUGCCUACUAGGCUUCUUUCCAGCUGGGGGCAUCUGAUGGCUUGCAUCUCCUUUGGCUCAAGAGGCAAAUGUUGCUCCCAAGGACUCUGAACGUUGGCAUCCUCCUCUCUGCAUCCCCAAACUAGCAUCGGAAUUCCCCCUAUUCCUCUGGGCUUUGCCCAAUUCCUACCAACUGCAUGCCCAACACAAGGGGUGCAUGGACAGCCAGCGUUCCUAGGGAUUGUGGUGGCAUCUAAAGGGGGGGGUUUUGAUUGUUUUAUUUGUCUACUACACUGUGCAGGAGGGCAUCUGAUCAGCUAGCCAAGAUGCUGCCAUCUCAAGAAGCCUCCAAGCUUUACCAUGACAAUUACAUGAGAAACUCGAGAGCCAUAGGUGUGCUUUGGGCCAUCUUCACCAUCUGCUUUGCCAUCAUCAACGUGGUGGUCUUCAUACAACCCUACUGGAUAGGGGACAGCGUCAAUACACCCAAGCCCGGUUACUUUGGGCUUUUCCACUACUGUGUGGGCAAUGGAGGGGGGAACAGGGAGUUUACCUGCCGGGGGUCCUUCACCGAUUUCAGCACCAUCCCCUCCGGAGCCUUCAAAGCAGCCGCUUUCUUCGUGCUGCUGUCCAUGGUGCUGAUCCUGGGCUGCAUUACCUGUUUCGCCCUGUUCUUCUUCUGCAACACGGCCACUGUGUACAAGAUCUGCGCCUGGAUGCAGCUGUGUGCAGCUCUGUGCCUGGUGCUUGCCUGCAUGAUAUUUCCGGAUGGGUGGGACGCCGAGACCAUCAGAGACAUGUGCGGAGACAAAACUGGGAAAUACUCUCUCGGAGACUGCUCCAUCCGCUGGGCCUACAUACUGGCCAUCAUCGGCAUCUUAAACGCCCUCAUCCUCUCCUUCCUGGCCUUUGUCCUGGGCAACAGACAGAACGACUUGCUACACGAAGAGCUGAAGGCAGAUAACAAAGGUUGUCCUCGGGGUGCAGAGCAUUGCGCCCCGAACCCUCCCACUUUUGAUUUUAGCGAAUCAAUAUUCGUCAUCACGUCACUUCCGGAUUCCGGAUUUUCGUCACGUGGAACGCAAGGCAUCCUCCGAUGAUAUUAAAUAGAUGAAAAUUCAAAGGGGGAAAACGGGAUACCUUCACCAACGCAGGAAUGUCUUCAGGCUGUCAGCCAUCUUACCCCAUUGGUAUUGUUGCCCUACGAUUCUUGUAUUGCUGCCCUCUGCCACACUGCCUUGAACCCUUCUCCACCCUCCCACCACCGGUGAAGCCUGGUUCUGCAUCUCAGCCUUGAAGAGUGCUUUUCUUCCACCAAAACGGUGCCUGCUCCACCAAACCAAGACUCCCUCCCCUCCCCCCCCUUCUGCUAUGGAAGAACCAGCAACAGCGCACCCGUUCCCUACACCCUACACGCCACCGUGGAUGUACUCAACCAUCACUUGUAAAGAUGCUAUGAAAUAAGACUUUUUACCCCACCAUCUUUCUACUUGCCAUCGCUGUAAAGAAAAAGAAAAAAAAAAAAAUAUUACAAAAGGGUGCUGCAUAAGAACCCGAUAUCAAAUAUGUUCCAAUUUUAUAAUAAAGAAAAAUCAAAGCGUUUCUACUUAUGAAAACAAAUCUCCAUAGACGUAUUUCCCCACCUUGCCUGAAAAAAAAAAAAAAAAAAAUGUUUUUUUUUUCAUUUCGAUAACUUUGUACAUAUAUGUACAUUAUGAACAAAGCCUUAUAGGCGUUACUAUGGCUAAACUGUGCGCUGGCCUGAUUCCAGCAAAAUGCCUUUUGUACAGUGCCAUGAAAACUAUUUAUUUCUUAUUUUUACAUUGACAUUGCUCGUACAAAAAAAAAAAAAAAAACAAAGAAAAAAAACUUCUCGCAACAGGGUAAAAAUAAGCAAUUUUGACGUGUUCUUUACAGACUCCCGGAAAAGUUGAGUGCGUUGUCUAGUUAUCCGUGGGGGAAAUGCGUUGGGUAACGGACCAGAGCGGCGGUCCGAGAGACACAGAGCCGGUGGGUGGAAAGCGGCAGCAGGAAGAAUUUGGCGUCCUUUACGAAAAAAAAGAAAAAAAAAAAAGAUCAUUUAUUUCAGCUUUAUCGUCAGAGCUUUAUGAAAGAUUCUACAGAUCAGCCCAACGGGAUUACUUCAAAUCUUUAAAUAUUGACAGAGAAUUAAUGAGAGAUGUAUAUAAAUUGUCAUAUGAAGGGGGGUAAUCUAUAGAAGAUGUGGAAAGGAUUUUUUUUUUGUGGUGUGUUUUCAUCACUGUGCUUUUUAUUUUUUUUUAUUUUUUUGUGGCAACAUAAAAUUCUUGAUGAAAAAUGUU